AUGUUGGCUGCUUUCCCUGGCUGUUCCAGCCGGGAGCCUCGCGCCUGCAGGAGGGCACUGGGGGGGGCUGAGAUCCAGCCACCCCAGUGCCCCCUGAGCCCUGCUCCCUCCCGGCAGGCCGACAUCGAGCAGCUGGACCCCCGAGGACGCACCCCGCUGCACCUGGCCACCACGCUGGGCCACCUCGAGUGCGCCAGGGUGCUGCUGAAGCAUGGCGCCGACGUGGGCAAGGAGAACCGCAGCGGCUGGACAGUCCUGCAGGAGGCCGUGAGCACCCGCGACCUGGAACUGGUGCAGCUGGUCCUGCGCUCCCGCGACUACCAGAGAGCCAUCAAACGCCUGGCCGGGAUCCCCAUCCUGCUGGAGAAGCUGCGCAAGGCCCAGGACUUCUACGUGGAGAUGAAGUGGGAAUUCACCAGCUGGGUGCCGCUGGUGUCCAAGAUCUGCCCCAGUGACACCUACAAGGUGUGGAAGAGCGGCCAGAACCUGCGGGUGGACACCACGCUGCUGGGCUUCGACCAUAUGACCUGGCAGCGGGGCAAUCGCAGCUUCGUCUUUCGGGGACAAGACACCAGCGCAGUGGUGAUGGAGAUUGACCACGACCGGCGGGUGGUCUACUCGGAGACACUGGCCCUGGCCGGCCACGACCAGGAGGUGCUGCUGGCUGCUGUGCAGCCCACCGAGGAGCAGGUGAUGGGGCGGCUGACGGCCCCUGUCGUCACCACCCAGCUCGACACCAAGAACAUCGCCUUCGAGAGGAACAAGUCCGGGAUCCUGGGCUGGAGGAGCGAGAAGACGGAAAUGGUGAAUGGGUACGAGGCCAAGGUCUAUGGUGCGUCCAACGUGGAGCUGAUCACGCGGACGCGGACCGAGCACCUCUCAGACCAGCACAAGGGCAAGAGCAAAGGCAGUAAGACCCCCCUGCAGUCCUUCCUGGGCAUCGCUGAACAGCACGUGGGUCCCAACAACGGGACGCUGAUCACGCAGACGCUGAGCCACGCCAACCCCACCGCCAUCACCCCCGAGGAGUACUUCAACCCCAACUUCGAGCUGGGCAACAGGGACAUGGGGCGGCCCAUGGAGCUCACUACCAAGACACAGAAGUUCAAGGCGAAGCUGUGGCUGUGUGAGGACCACCCGCUGUCCCUCUGCGAGCAGGUUGCCCCCAUCAUUGACCUCAUGGCAAUAAGCAACGCGCUCUUCGCCAAACUGCGGGACUUCAUCACCUUGCGCCUCCCGCCCGGCUUCCCUGUCAAGAUCGGAGCAGGAUCUGACUGA